GAAUUUUUUCCACUUGUGUGAGAGAGGUUAAUUGAAUUUUUAUUUUCUGCUUAAAACUAAAACGAAUUUCCCCAAGUUUGUUAACAAAAGUGAAACAUCAAACAUGGCGGGCGGCAACACUCCGCGUGUUAUACAGGUGACCAAUAUUGCGCCGCAGGCCACCAAGGACCAGAUGCAAACGUUGUUCGGCAACAUUGGCAAAAUCGAGGAGAUUCGACUGUACCCCACCAUCCGAGAUGUCUCUUGCCCAGUGCAGUCGCGCAUCUGCUACGUCAAAUACACCGAGAGUAGCAGUGUGCCCGUGGCCCAGCAUUUGACCAACACCGUUUUCAUUGACCGGGCGCUCAUCGUCAUACCGGUGCUGGCCAUUCCCGAGGAGUAUCGUGCUUUGGAGAUGCUUAAGAACGGCACCAUAGUGCCGGGAUUGCAGAAGCCGGACUCUAAGCUGCCGCCUGAGGUAAUCAAUCGCAUCGAGGGACAACUGCCCCAGCAAGUCAUCAAGACGUACGACCCGAAGCUGGUCGAGUUUAAUCUGCCUGAAUAUCCGGCCCUCCCUUCGUUCUAUGAUGCGCGCAAGAUUGAGGAGAUCCGUCGCACCAUCAUUGUGUGCGACGUGCGAAAUGAAUGGCGCUUGGACGAUCUAAUGGAGUGCUUCCAGCGCGCAGGCGAGGUAAAAUAUGCGCGCUGGGCUGAGAAGGAUAACAAGACGUACUGCAUGAUUGAGUUCUGUGAGCAGACGAGCGUCAUACAUGCGCUGCGUAUGCAGGGCCAAGAGUUCAAGGGCGGACAUUUGAAUGUGUAUCACUCUACCUACUCCAUAACGAAGCCCGAGGCCAAGUCCAAUGAGGCAGCCCAGGCAGAGAUUGAGGAGGCCAUGACGAUUGUGAAGGAAGCACAGAGCAUGAUAUCGGCUGCCAUCGAUCCUGUCAUUGGCAUGUUGGCCAAGGACAAGCGGCGACGCUCUCGCUCACACUCUCGUUCUCGUGAAAGACGCACCACCAGUCGUUCCCGUUCUCAUCGCUCCAGCUCUCGUCGGCGACGCCGUUCGGGCACACGAGAGCGCCGUAGCGUAUCUAGGUCUCGGCGCUCGCGCUCUCGCGGCAAACACUCAUCACGAUCGCGCAGCAAGCGCUCUCGUUCGCGCCAUCGGCGCAGCAGCUCACGCUCGCGCCGCUCACGUUCUCGUGGUGGCAAGCACUCACGGUCAUCGAGGUCGCGGGGUAAGCGCUCCAGAUCUCGCCAUCGCCGCAGUACAUCGCGCUCACGUCGCUCUCGAUCGCAUGGUGUAAGCGGAGGACUCGGCAGCGGCAGUGCUGCCGUCUCCAUCAGCAGCGGCAACGGCAAGCGCUCCAGAUCUCGCGAGCGCAGUAAGAAGUCACAUCGCGCCCGUUCGCCACGCUCGCACAGCAAACGCAGCUCCCCAUCGCCCCCACCUGUGCCCAGCAAGUCGCGUUCCAGUCGCAGCAAAGAUGUGGCCAGCAUCUCAACCAAGUCAUCGUCGUCGUCCUCUUCGAGACGACGCUCCCGCACCCCGGACGCACGCAAACUGAAGGCCAUUACGGAGGAUGUCGAGGCAAAGACCUCCCGUAAAUCGGUCAGCGUUGAGAAAUCCGACAACAUGGAUAUAUCUAAUUCACCAUGAAUGAUGAAACGAUCCUAUCAUAUGCACACAUUUUGAUUAACA